AGCCUCCUGAGCAGCUGCAAGUUGACAGUGACAUCCCCCUUCACUAGUGGAAUAGUCCUCUGACCUUUGUACCAGUGAACGUGAAAGCUCGUAAACCGUGUCUGCUGUCCAGAUUUCUUCAGGACCAUCACACAAUGUUAACAAAGUUGAUCCACAUCACCAGCAGACUCCAUCCUGUUACCAUGGUAACUAGACACCUGACAUCAUCAUCAUCAUCAGAUGACCUCUGGCUGUCCUCCAGUUACAAGUUUUUCCUGCCCACACCGACUCGCUGGAUGGACAAUGACCAGUUCGGACAUGUUAACAACACCACUUACUACUCUUACUUUGACACAGUUAUCAACAGGUACCUCAUACACCACUGCCACAUCAACUAUGACAUCAUCCGGGGCCUAAUGGUCCACAACGAGUGUGACUAUAGGCGUCCGCUGCAGUACCCUGACGUGCCUGUGGUGGGGAUGUUUGUGGGGAAGAUCGGGCGGUCCAGUGUGACAUAUAACGUGGGCCUGUUUCCUUCUGCCGUGCUGAAGGGUGUAUCAGGAGAAGUCAUGAAAAUUAUGGACAAAGGGUUGUUUGCGUCAGAGCUCACUAAAGGUGGACUUACGGAAGAUGUGACUGCAUUGGCUGUGGGGUCGUGCGUACACGUGUUUGUGGACACACGGACAAACAAACCUACACAACUCCCAGAAAACUUGAAGACGGGUCUUCAAAAGAUUCUGAGCAAUGUUGAAAGUCAACUUUGAAAAAUUUCUAACAUUUUACUUACUAGAAAUUUUACAACACAAGAUGACAGCUUGUCCAUGUACUUGUUGUGUACACUAUAUCUGUGUACGUUUUGGAAACAAAUUUUAGGUACAUGCAUGUUUACAUGUAGGUACAUGCCUAGAUUCUGGACCUGGAACUUUUCCUAAACGAGUUUGGCCAAUCAUGAGCAAGUUAAAAAUGCCGCUAACAAUAUUGUCUUUUUUCACGGUAAGAUAUUAGUUUUCUAAAGCUUUCAAUUGAUUAUUUUUACAUAGAUUUUCCCAUAUGUGUCUACUAGUAGUAAAAAUAAAUUACGACCAAAAAAGUACAAGUGUAUGUAACUUUAUUAUAUCAUGUACAACAGUUAAACUUGACCAUUUGACACAGUGAAAGAUGCUUGGAGUAGAAUAGAGGCAAACACCUUGGCAUCAUGUAACAUUAAAACCAAUGCACCAUUGCUUAUUGAAUGUACAUUGUGGAAAACAUACAUAGCUUAAAGAAAUUUGUUAUCAAAUGCCUUUCGAAGUGUAUUUCCAACUUUCGACUUGAUACCCGCAAUCUACAACAGUUAUCAAACGCAGAUCGAUAUUGUAGAUGUGUCAUAACCUUCUUUUUAUGGUUUUUGAAAGAUGACACAUAACUGCUACGGAGAAAUAUUAGAGCGUUCGAAAUAUUACAAGUAGGUACAGAUUGAAUAUUCUACCAUUUCUAUCCAAGAUAUGUGAAUUUUUUCCUACGUUGUAUGCAAAACCGUGUCCAUUUAGAAUUAAUGCUGAAUUAAAGGUCUGCAUAUGUUCAAAUGAUAACAAAACUUUAACAAUUAUAAACAAGAUGAACUUGAAAACAAACCUAACUCUAAACAUGAAUGUGACUUGAUUCUGUAUCCU